AUGGCGAGAAUUAAUGUUUACCUUUUUGCAUUUAUGUUGCUUUUGACUAUUAAACAAGAGCUCGGUUCCGUUGAAGGCCGAACACUCACCACGUCCACCAUGGGGACGGCUGAGGAAAUCAGCGCUGAUGGCUCUGUGCCGCUAUUACUACCGGCUGAGCCACUUCAGCCGCCACCGAGCCACGGGGUUGAUACCUUUAGGCCCACGGUACCUGGACAUAGCCCUGGUAUUGGACAUUCCGUACACAACUAACGGAGAUGGACAAUGGCAUGGUUUAUGUGAUUAUAAAUCAAUGUUUUCUUAAUAUAUGGUACCUUAUUGAACAUAAGCUUGUGCUUAUGUUGUUGUUGGUGUUGGCUUUUUUUUCUGAAUGUGAAUUCUUAUUUAAUAUAUGUACUGGUUCGUCAUAUUCAGUUUCUUGCAAGUGUGUGAUUGUAAUAAUGUUUAGUUAAACCGUGUUUUUCAAUUUAUCAGCUUUUUUUUUUGUUUAGAAGAAAUUAUCAGC